AUGCCAGCAGGCACCCUUCUGUUCGACGCCUCUGACGUGGGCGAGGAUGUCUUGGGCUACGUCGUCGAUAAUGAUACUCUCAGGAAUGCUAUGUAUAGAUGCAUGUUGGAGCACUCAGCAUCAAGUCAAAGGGAUCUUGAGAUGGUGCAGGGUAUGGUCUACGGCAUUGAUUUUGGGGACUCGCAGGAGGAAGAUGUCGAGUCAAAACGAGAGGAUCAGGCAGUCGAUAUAGACCAUUCAUCAACGGGCGGAGAAGAGCAUUUCCCGUGGCCUAUAGUCGAGCUGGAUAAUGGUGAUAAGAUUAAGUGUCGCCUUAUCGUCGCAUGUGACGGGGCGCGAUCGCGCGUGCGUACUCUAGCUGGUGCUGACUGGUUCGCACACGGCUACGACCAAAGUGCAGUUGUCGCCAACGUUACUCUGCGUGAUCCAAUCAACACCGCGUAUCAGCGCUUCGUAUCUACGGGACCGGUUGCCGUCUUGCCCAUAAACACAGACGAUACUGCCGCCCCGGUUGGAAACGUGAUUUGGACCACCACGACAGUAGAAGCUGAAGCACUCUACAAUGCGGAUGAUGAAGUGUUUAUGAAUGAAUUGAACAUUGUGCUAAAUUCUCAUGAGGAAAACAUGGCAGAAGAAGAAACCAUUCUACUCAACAUUGACGGAGAAAAAGUGAAGAAAGCGAGCGGUAGUGAUGUGCGCCUGUGGUCCAUGAUGGCCAAAGGGCUGCAGAUUGCUUUACCACGCCUCGGACUGUCUGAUGAAGUCUUUUCUGCCGGGCCUGGAUUAGAUCCGCCUGAAUGCCUUGGAGUUGUAGGCAAUCGAGGGCGAUUUCCAUUGGUAUUGGGACACGCGCCUCGGUACGUAAUUGAGGAAAGGCGAACGGUGCUUGUUGGAGACGCGGCUCAUAGCGUCCACCCCUUGGCAGGGCAAGGAGUGAAUUUGGGAUUUGCAGAUGUUCAGUCUCUAGCUGAUUGUCUGGCGUCGGCAGCUGCCACCGGCAGAGACGUCGGCGGCGAGAGGGGCGCCGCUUUGAUGCGCUUUCAGAGAGAGAGGAUGGUUGCCAACGUCGGGAUGAUGGGCGUGUUGCACUCCUUGCAGCGUGUUUUUGAUCGCAAUUCCCCAGCCGGGUUCCGAGAACUGAGACGGGUUGGAUUGUCUGCAAUUAAUGCUGUGAGACCCGUGAAGAAAUUAAUCUUGAGAGCCAUGAGAUAACAGUAAACCAAGACCCGACGGAUCGCGCCUCGAUACCUUU